AUGCUCGCCACAGUCAUAGCUGCUACCAUCCGGCAUCGGUUCAGCAUGCGGACCUUUCUGUUAAUCGCUCUCGUUGCCAUAGCCUCUUGUGAAUAUCCUACCUAUGGAGGUAAAGGAGGCGGCGGCGGAGGCGGAGGCGGCGGUGGUGCAGGCGGUGGUGGCGGCGGCGGUGGUGGUGGUGGUGGAGGUGGUGGCGGCCUAGGCUCCAGCGGUCCAUGCGUUCCUGGAAGUCCGAACUGCGGCGGUGGCGGUGGAGGCCAAUGUGUUCCUGGAAGUCCAAACUGCCCAGGCGGCGGCGGACGUCCCCCUCCAUGCGUUCCUGGAAGCCCCAACUGUCCUGGCGGCGGUGGACUUCCUCCUCCAUGUGUUCCUGGAAGUCCUAACUGUCCCGGAGGCGGCGGACUUCCUCCUCCAUGUGUUCCGGGAAGUCCUAAUUGCCCCGGCGGCGGUGGACUUCCUCCAUGCGUUCCUGGAAGUCCUAACUGUGGCGGUUACGGUGGUAGCAAGGGAAGUGGAGGAGGUGGAGGCAAGAAAGGCGGAGGAGGUGGCGGCAAGAAAGGCGGAGGAGGUGGAGGCAAGAAAGGCGGAGGAGGUGGAGGCAAGAAAGGAAAAGGAGGCUAUGCAAUGCCACCACCCAACUACUCACCACCCGUUGCUGCUCCCGUGGCAGCUCCACCUGUUGCUGCUCCUGUUGCUGCUCCUGUGGCAUCUCCACCUGUAGCUGCUCCACUACCUGCUCCUGUACCUCCAAGUGUAUCAGCUCCCGUGGCGCCACCACCCGUUGUAGCUGCUCCUAAGCCAUCUCCACCUGUAGCAGCUCCCAAGCCAUCUCCACCUGUAGCAGCUCCCAAGCCAUCUCCACCUGUUGCUGCUCCUGUUGCUGCUCCUGUGGCACCUCCACCUGUAGCAGCUGCUCCGGCACCUCGUCCUGUAGCUGCUCCUGUAGCACCUCCACCAGUAGCUGCUCCUCCGGCACCUCGUCCUGUAGCUGCUCCUGUGGCUCCUCCACCAUCGGCACCUGUAUCACCCCCACAAGCUACUUCACCUGUGCGGCCUUAUCAGCCUCCAGCACCUCCUCCACGCCCACCAACACCAGGAGGAUAUCAACAACCUCCACCUGUAAGCCCUCCUGUUUCUCCUCCUAGACCUGUCAGUCCCCCCGUUUCUCCACCUAGGCCAGUAAGCCCUCCGGUCUCUCCACCUAGACCUGUUAGCCCCCCAGUUUCUCCACCUAGGCCCGUGAGCCCUCCAGUUUCUCCACCUAGACCUGUUAGCCCUCCAGUUUCCCCACCGAGACCGAUUAGUCCUCCUGGUGGCUCAGGCGGAUAUGCAGUUGCGCCACCAUAUUCAAAUCCAGGCGGACCAAUAGUGCCAGUAGCACCACCACGUCCAGCUGCACCACCCGCUCCAGCACCGGUAGCACCAGUAGCCCCAGCAGCUCCAGUUGCCCCAGCAGCUCCAGUAGCCCCAGCAGCUCCAGUUGCCCCAGCAGCCCCAGUUGCCCCAGCAGCUCCAGUAGCUCCGGCUCAACCACAACGUCCUAGUCCAGUAUCACAAGGAACCUAUUCUCAACCGGCUCCAUACAAACGUCAUUUCUACGAAAAAGCCAAGAUGCUACUAAAUGUGCGAAGAAUGCGACGGUCCCAAGCGGCGUAG